AUGUCGCUGCAGAGGAUGGUGCGUGUGUCCCUGGAGCAUCCCACCAGCGCCGUGUGUGUGGCUGGCGUGGAGACCCUCGUGGACAUUUAUGGGUCGGUACCCGAGGGCACAGAGAUGCUCGAGGUCUAUGGGACCCCAGGCGUGGACAUCUACAUCUCUCCCAACUCGAGGCGGGGCCGGGAGCGUGCAGACACCAGGCGGUGGCACUUUGAUGCGAGUUUGGAGAUCAUUGUGGUCAUGAACUCCCCCAGCAACGACCUCAAUGACAGUCAUGUUCAGAUUUCCUACCACUCCAGCAAGGAGGCUCUUCCCCUGGCCUAUGCAGUGCUCUACCUCACCUGUGUUGACAUCUCUCUGGAUUGUGACCUGAACUGUGAAGGCAGGCAGGACAGGAAUUUUGUGGACAAGCGGCAGUGGGUCUGGGGGCCCAAUGGAUAUGGUGCCAUCUUGCUGGUGAACUGUGACCGUGAUGAUCUGAGUUGUGAUGACCAGGACAAUUGUGACCAGCGUGUGCGCUGCCUGCAAGACCUGGAAGAUAUGUCUGUCAUGGUCCUGCGGACCCAGGGUCCUGCUGCCCUCUUCGAUGACCACAAACUUAUCCUCCACACCUCCACUUAUGAUGCUGAGCGGGCCCAGGUCUUCCAUGUCUGUGGUCCUGAGGACUCAUGCGAGGCCUACAGGCACGUGCUGGGCCAAGACAAGGUGUCGUAUGAGGUGCCCCGCCUCCAUGGGGACCGGGAACUCUUCUAUGUGGAAGGCCUUUCCUUCCCUGAUGCCGGCUUCACAGGACUCGUCUCCUUCCAUGUUACCCUGCUGGAUGACUCCAAUGAGUAUUUCUCCCAGUCCCCAAUCUUCACUGACACUGUGACGUUCCGCGUGGCACCCUGGAUCAUGAUGCCCAGCACCCUGCCGCCCCUGGAGGUGUAUGUGUGCAGUGUGAGGAACAACAUGUGUUUCGUGGAUGCGGUGGCAGAGCUGGCCAGGAAGGCCGGCUGCCAGCUGACCAUCUGCCCACAGGCCGAGAACCGCAACGACCGCUGGAUCCAGGACGAGAUGGAGCUGGGCUACGUUCAGGCACCACACAAGACCUUCCCGGUGGUCUUCGACUCCCCACGGAAUGGGGAACUGCAGGACUUCCCUUACAAAAGAAUCCUGGGUCCAGAUUUUGGUUAUGUGACUCGGGAACCACGAGACAGGUCUGUGAGCGGCCUGGACUCCUUCGGGAACCUGGAGGUCAGCCCCCCAGUGGUGGCCAAUGGGAAAGAGUACCCCCUGGGGCGGAUCCUCUUUGGAGGCAACCUGCCUGGGUCGAGAGGCCGCAGGGUCACCCAGGUUGUGCGGGAAUUCCUCUAUGCCCAGAAGGUGCAGCCCCCCGUAGAGCUUUUUGUGGACUGGUUGGCCGUGGGCCACGUGGAUGAGUUCCUGUGCUUUGUCCCUGCCCCCGAUGGGAAGGGUUUCCGGAUGCUCCUGGCCAGCCCUGGGACCUGCUUCAAGCUCUUCCAGGAAAAGCAGAAGUGGGGCCACGGCGGGGCCCUCCUGUUCCAGGGGGUUGUUGGGGACAAUCGAGUCAAGACUGUGUCCAUCAACCAGGUGCUCUCCAAUGAAAGACUCAUCUCCUAUAAUAAGUUUGUGCAGAGCUGCAUCGAUUGGAACCGUGAGGUGCUGAAGCGGGAGCUGGGCCUGGCAGAGCGUGACAUCAUUGACAUCCCCCAGCUCUUCAAGACGGAACAGAAAAAGGCAAUGGCCUUCUUCCCUGACUUGGUGAACAUGCUGGUGCUGGGGAAGCACCUGGGCAUCCCCAAGCCCUUCGGGCCCAUCAUCAACGGCCGCUGCUGCCUGGAGGAGAAGGUGCAGUCCCUGCUGGAGCCGCUGGGCCUCCACUGCACCUUCAUCGAUGACUUCACUCCCUACCACAUGCUGCACGGGGAGGUGCACUGCGGCACCAACGUGCGCCGGAAGCCCUUCUCCUUCAAGUGGUGGAACAUGGUGCCCUGA